AGAGAGAGAGAGAGAGAGAGAGAGAGAGAGAGAGCAGGAGGCGCAGGGGAGGACUGGAUAAGUUUGUACUCGGCUGCUCCUGGACGUGAAUAAUGUAGGUGCUGGUUCUGGUCCUGGUCCUCGUGCUGGUUUUGGUUCUGGUCCUGUGCGCGCGCGCACGCGGUAAACGCGCUGAAGUGCGAUGUGGGAUUCUCUGAAAACCGCCUGCAGCUAGGAAACAAACCAGCUUGAUUCAGGGCUGCUCAAGACACAGCAGGAAAGGGCACAUGGAAACGCUGGGGUGAUUUUAGCCAAAAUCUUUUUUUUUUAUCCUUUGUGCUAUUGGGCAAUUUCUGCAAGUUGGGCAGUUUACCCUCUGGAGAUGAUCAAAAGUGAACCUAAAUGUGAACGGGUGCUACGAAGUGCCUCGCCUCACAGAAAUGCAUACAAAUCGGACUUCCACUCCAUCAAAUGCUCCUUUGAGGGGCCAUCUGUCUCUUACACCAAUGGAGGCAGCGAGACACGAGGAAGACCAUCAGGGAAUCGGGUCAACAAGAUCAAGAACAACAUCUUCCUUCAAAUGGAUGGGCAACAGGCGCAGGACAGCUUGGUUGUCUCCAAACCAGUGCCAGCCAAAUUCCAGCGAUCCUCCCCCUCCUACAGAUCCAGCAUGAGCAGCAUCUCCAGCAUGGAAUCGGGUUGCUCUGACUCGGCACGGAAGGUGGAGGACCUCACGUUUGACAAAGUGGCAUUGGCCGAGAAGUUUUCUGUGACCAGAAAGUUGUUUGAGAGUGGACUUAAAGACAUAUCCCCAACAGAGAGACCUGCACAAGUUAGAACCAUCAGUCGAUCUUCUUUGGACAGCGUUUCAGACGAUGGGAGAUGCGUAAGAAAGUUGACAGAGACUAAAGACCAAGCUCAGAAGAUAAGAGAACAUCCCAAGGAAGAGACGGAGAGAUGGAGGAGCGAGAGUGAGACACCAAUUCGUAAGCAUGCGAGCAUGAUGAAGAAUGCAGGACCCAUUUCCAGGAGGCUGGAAAGCUUCAUGUUGGACAGUGACAGCGAGUCUCUGUCUGGUCCAUCCGUGUCAACACGUUCACAAAGCCCAUGCAGCCAUUCCCAGCCAGCAUCAUCCCCAGCAAGCGAGCAUUCAGAACCACCCUCAUCCCCAGAUAGUGCCAGUUCUCCUACAUCUUAUUCAAUGUGGCCUGAAAGCCCUUUGAGCCAGGCAGUUGCUUGUUCACCGCAUGAAUUAAGCAGCUUAUCCUCGCACAGUGACCCCCAACACCCGGUCGUUCCUGUGAAUGGAAUUACGUUAGAGGAAACCCCUAAUUGGGGUCUCAAUAGCUCUGGCAGUCCUCUGGAACAUGAAGAUGAAGAGUCUGUGUCCAUUCUGGCAACAGAACCAACAAUAAUUUUCAAAAGUGAGAAGAGCCAUCGCUUGUCCCAAGGCAGUGCUUCUGGGAGUCCAACUAAAGAUGACACCAAGGCGUCUUCAGAAUCGAUUGCCUCCAGAGCUAAGCAAGGCAAGGUUGUAUCUCCUAACCUUGCCACAGUCCGAGCUGAGAUGGUGGUGGUCCAGAACGAGUCCUCAGAAAGCGAGGCAAAUGAGGAGGAACGAAUCGAAGAUGAAGUAUUUGAGGAAGUCAAGUCUGAGCAACACCUCUCCAGUCAGCUUUCAGAGAGGGAGCUGAUUGAGGGCAAGAAAGUCCAAGGCACAUUCCAGGAGAGGAAAUCCGGGAGGAGCUUUAGGCAAAGGGAGGAGGAGGAAAGGACGAAGGAGGUGGAACCCGAUCAAGACGUCACAGCUGAGGAUCAGGAAAGCAAAGAAAAGUCAGCUGAGGGGAAAAGUAUGCAGAAAGAGGUGGGUGAGAAGGAGGAGAAGGAGGAGGGGGAGGAGGAAGGUGAUAAGAAAAAGAAGGUAGUAGAAUUGAGGCAAGAGCAAGUACAAGAGCAGCCCUGCCUGAGGACUGAGAUGAAAGAUUGUGAACAGAAAGUGAGGGAAGUGGAGGAAAGCACCAUGGAAGAGGAACAGAGGAAAAAAGAAGAAGAAGAAGAUGAGGAAGAGGAUGAGGUUGUGGAGGAGGCUGUUGAAGCUUUGGAGGAGGAGGAGGAGGAGGAGGAGGAUGAACGUGACGUUGAGGAGAUGACCACGGCAGAGAGGCAACAGCAAGUGAGCCAGGACUUGUCCACAAAGAGGUCAUUAAUUUGCGGGAUUGAGAAUGCCGCCUUUGUGGACGACCGGGAAAGUAAGUCGGAUAUAGAAAACCAGGAAAAGGAGGAGCACCCUGGACUUGAACAUCAAGAAGGAGGCCAGUUGCAGGAAUAUGAGGAGAUUCCAGGGCUCUCGGAUGAGGAAGGGACCAGCAAAAGGAGGAAAGUCAGGUUCUCCACCGCACCUAUUAGGGUGUUCUGUACCUACUCUAACGAUGAGUACGAUCGCAGGAAUGAAGAGGUGGACCCUGUGUCUGCCUCGGCCGAGUAUGAGCUGGAGAAGAGGGUGGAGAAGAUGAACGUUUUCCCUGUGGAAAUUCAGAAAGGAGAGGAUGGUCUGGGGAUCAGUAUUAUAGGAAUGGGAGUGGGGGCUGACCAAGGCCUGGAAAAACUUGGCAUCUUCGUCAAAACCAUCACGGAAAAAGGAGCAGCCCAGCGCGACGGCCGUAUUAAAGUAAACGAUCAGAUCGUGGAGGUGGAUGGAGUCAGUCUGGUUGGAGUCACUCAGGUUUUCGCUGCUACUGUACUGAAAAAUACCAAAGGACUGGUGAAGUUCCUGAUUGGCCGGGAGAAGCCGGGGGUGGAGAGUGAAGUGGCUCGGCUGAUCAGUGAGACUUUGGAGCAGGACAGCAGCCCUGAAAAACAGGCCCACCACCAAGAUAACGUACCUCCAAAUCAAGAGGAAGAGGAAGAAGAAGAGGAACAAGAGCAUGAAGAGGAGACCCUCCAGACUCAGGAAGCUCAGGCUACGAAACUGACACUACAGAACACAUCCAGAGAACAUCUGGAGAAGUUGGAAGAGGAGGAUCAGCAGCAAGUUGUUGGAGAAGAAGACAAGACAAGCAGUUUGCAAGAGGAGGAUGGGAGGACUGGGGUAGAAGAGAAGGAGGAGGAGGAUAAAGAAGAGGACAUGACUUUUGACCUCACCCAAGAAGUGUUUCAGCACCUGAAAAACCAAGGCAUCAUUCUUCCCGAGGACAUGAAUCAUAGCGAGCUGGACCAAAGAUUCAAAGAGCUACAAAUGAAGCACAGUACAACUACAGCGGAACUGAAGCUGAUGAAGGAAAAGCUACGAGUGUGUGAGGCGGACCGCGUGGCCUGGGAGGUUCGAGGAGCUGCUCUGGAGAAGAGUGUGGAUGAGAGUAAAGAGAGGGUGGAGAAGCUGGAGAAGUACUGGCUGGACGCCCAAUCGCUCUGCAAGACCAUCAACCAACGACUCAACGAGGCUCAGAGCCAGCACGAGGCCUUAAAGCUUAAAUACGACAAAACCAUCACCCUACUGCAGGAACACAAGCACAGGGAGGCGGAGUUUGUGAAGCGGGAGGAGGAUUUAAAGAGACGGCUGGAGGAGAGAGAGAGGGAUUACAGGAAGAGUGUGAGGAAGCUUCAGCAGCAGAUUGCUGUUCUGGAGGGACGAGCGAGUUCGGACCACCCCGAGGAUUCGUGUAGCCCUGCAGGAGAGAGUCAGCACAGCAGCCCCACCUCAGGAUCCUCCGACAGGAACGGACAGACUUCAGACGACCACCUUUAUGAUCCAGAUUUGGGAGAGGCGGUUCCGCAGACGGAUCGUCUCGACUGCAGUGCUUACAGAGCCAAAGCCAGGCUGACUCAGGGAGUUCAGCGCAAGAGACCGUCUCGAAACAAACUUAGAGAGUCUGCUAAGAGCACGCAGUCUUCCACUCGACCACAGGAUCAGGAGGGUAUCAGUGAUAACAGUACUGACAAUAACCGAAGACACUCCUACCUGGAGAGCCUCUCCUUACCCGUCCCUACACUGCCGUCUGAGGGCCUGAGAAGGUCUGGAGGUGGAGGAGGAGGAAGAGGAGUAGACGGAGACGUGUCCAGCUCCCCCUCUCUUCAGAGCACCCACACCCCUCAGGGUGGAGGCAGCACCAGGUCCAGCCUCUCUCCUCCUAAAGACUCCUCCACUCCACACUCCCCCGCCUCCAGCCAGUCCUCCUCCAGCCUCCUGCACAACCUCCGCAACAGGAGGUACAAGAAGAAGGAGAGCAGCCAGAGCAGGAAGAGUAAAGAUGAGGAGAGUGACAGUUCAACAACAAGAAGAUCUAAAAGAAGAUUUCCAGAUUUUGGGGGUCUUCGGAAAACAGGUGGGAAAGGCCGAAAACAGGAGAAGGAUGUGCUGCGGAGCUCAUUAGGGAGCAGGGGUUCUGUGGAGCAGGUGGGUGAUUUCAGCAGGAACGUCUCUCCCUCGGACUCGGUGUCCUCCAUCCCAUCCUGCAUGCCUUUCUCCUGGUUCGGAGACAGAGAGAGAGAAAGAGAGAGGGAGAAGGAGCAGUCAGUGUCCAGCUAUAGUCUUCCACACACUCCCUCAGAGGGACACGCAGAGGACCGGCUGGAUCGAAGAAAUAAGAGUUUAUCUGUGACGGACGAGUCGAUGGCCAGUAGCCCUCGCUCUGCUCUGGCGGCAUUACUGAGUGACUCUCGCGCUCGAGGGCGUUCCUUCAACCUCACCUUCUCCUCCUGCGAGACACUGGAUGAUGAGCCUGUUCCUGUCCUGAAGCAACAUGUCUGGCAGAACCGCCCCCUCCCAGAGUGGACCAAUCAGCAGGUGUGCCACUGGUUGAUGGGCAUGAACAUGGACCAAUACAUAGCCGAGUUCACUGCAAAGGGCGUGGAUGGAAAACGGCUUAUGGAGCUGGACAGCAGUAAACUUAAGGAGCUGGGGGUCUCCAGCCAUCGAGACCGCUCCUGUAUUAAGAGGAAGCUGCGAGACAUGAAGAAGACUCAGGAGAAGCUGGAGAAACAGCGAGCCAAGAAAGAGAAGGAGGUGGAGAGGAGCAGCGGGAGGCCAGCCAGACCUGAAUCGGCCUGCUGAAGAUGCUAUUCCAACUUAAUAUCUCACAGCAAUCUCAAAAAUAACUCAGUAAAUUCUCAAUCCUGCUGGAAUUAUCCGUCACCGGUGAAUCUGCACGAGCUGCUGGACUUCAUUACUCACUGAAUGCUGCCUUGAAGUCACUUCAGUUGGUUGGAUGGAUGGAUGGAUAAACGGAUGGAUGGAUUCUUCUGGAACGUUCUCAUGACAUUGAGCUGUUUAUGAUGGCAAAAUAAUGUAUGUAGUUUAACUUAUAUACUAGUGCGUCUCAAAAAAUGUGAGUAUCAUUAAAAAGUUACUUUAUUUCAGUAAUUCAGUUCACAAUGUGAAACUCAUAUUAAUAUUAUAUAAAAGUUUUUCACACAGAGUGAACUAUUUUAAGCAUUUAUUUCUUUUAUUGUUGAUGAUUAUGGCUUACAGCCAAUGAAAACCCAAAAAUCUAAAUUCAGUGUCUCAGAAAAUUAGAAUAUUAUAUAAGACAAAUUUGUUACUUUUGGCAGUGUAGACAGUGGGGCAAAUCCUGCUGGAAAAUGAAAUCCACAUCUCCAUAAAAGGGUCCACUGCGUUAUAUCAAGUCUAAAUUCAGUCUAAGUGCAGUGUUUUAACACAAAAUCUUACAGCACCUUUUUACUUUUAUAGAGAUGCGGAUUUCAUUUUCCAGCAGGACUUGGCACACUGCCCACAAUACUGCCAAAAGCACCGAUUGGUCUUCUUAAAUAAUGUUAACAUUUUCUAAGACACUAAUUUUUGGGUUUUUUUAUUGACUGUAAGCCAUAAUCAUCAUCAACAAUAAAUUGAAAAGUUAGUUUAUUUUAAAUAGAUCACUCUGUGUGUUUAAUACAUCUAUAUAAUAUUAAUGAGUUUCACAUAUUGAACUGAAUUACUGAAAAAAAGUAACUUUUCAAUGAUAUUCUAAUUUUUUUUGAGAUGCACCUGUAUUUCCGAGCAGAUUAUGAAAUAUCAAGACCAUUUUGGGCUCGUAUGUAAAAUGGUAAACCCAGAUUAACCAGUAGCACUUACCUUUUAUAUACACUAGAGUGCAGCAUUGUCCAUACACUGCAAAAUACAGCACAGGUGGUGUGUCUGUUCAUUUUUUAAAUAGAGCUGGUAUUCAGGGUAAUUUUGGAGUAUGAAACAUGUACAUGAAUAUCUAAUCCAGAAUUAAUAUUCUGAGAUCAUUUAAUGCAAAUUUUAUAAAGCUGGUCAUCCAGGUAAAAAAAAACAUACUAUUCUCUACUGUAGACCAGCUAAACCAUUAAACCCAAGCAAAACCAUUAAACCCUAUACUGGUCAAAAAAUCCAAAUCUAAACUAAUAGUCAGCAUUUUGAGCUUAAAAACUGAUAAAAAUAUUUAAACCUGAUAUUUUUUUUUUUAUAUUUGUAUAAAUUUACCUGUCUUUUCAUCUGACUUAAAAUAUUCAUAUGGCAUAAUUCAUACAUUUGAAUUUUAGUGCUUUUUUUUUGUAAGUUUUGGGAAAUUUGCCUUUGAAAAAAAAUAAAUUCUAAAAUAAAAAUAUCAUUUUUACAUUAAAAAUUUCAGAUUUAAAAUUGUAAAUAUUCAGAUCAAUAAAUUCACAUUUAUUUGAUUAAAUAAAUAUCUUAAUGUAUGGAUUUAUGAUGGAAGUGAAACCUCUGGAAGAUGGAUUGGAUAGAUUUGCAUUUAUGCGCCUAAAAAUAUAUAGAUGUUUUUUUUUUAUCUGAAAUUAAGCAUUUUUUUCUAACAGGAAAUGUAUUGACCUCAGGUUCAAAAUACAAAAUAUAUACAAUUAAAUAUUAAAAGUCGUAUAAAAAAAGCAGGUAAAUUUGUUUCAUA